AUGGAUAUUAACAGCACUAUUAAUAGUUUAAAUCCACAUUUGGAUAUUUCUUCAAAUUCUACUAAGCUUAAUAAUUUACAAAAUUCUUCACAAAUUUUAAGUGCAGAAAUGCAAGAAUGGUUAGAUGGAGCUGAGUGGAAUGGUUGGGAUGAACAAAAAUUUAGAGAAGAAUUUAUGGAAGAAAUUAAAGCUAGAAUUUUUAGAAUGGAAAUGUACAAAAUCGUUAUUCCAAUGUUUUUAACAGCAUCUAUACUUGCUAUUCUUGCCAAUUUAGUAGUUAUUGCGGCUUUAAGAUCUGCAAAAGUUAUUAGAACUGCUACUGUUGUUUUAAUACUUUCAUUAACUUUUUCUGAUAUUUGGACAAGUAUUGUUGUUUCACUUUCUUUACUUUAUAAUUCUUAUAUGCCUAUUGUGCUUGAAGCAGAUGUAAAUCCUUGUAUUUCUCUUACCUUAGAGCUUUUACGUACCGGAGGAAUGAUUUCAGCAACAUUACACCUACUUUUAAUUGCUCUUCACCACUUUGUUGGUAUUGCCCGCCCUCAAACACCUCGAUCAGCAGGACAAGAUAGAAGGGCACUUUUUGCUUGUUUAAUAGCUUGGAUUGCUCCUUUUUCUGUUUUAUUGUUUUUAUCUCUGGGAAUUAAAGGACAAGGCUAUUGGAAUUGUCAACAUGUUGAUUUUUAUCAUUCUCGUUUAUUUCGGCUUUUUGUUUCAUUUUUACUUGUUGCUAUAUUUUUGUUGAUAACUUCUUUUUAUAUUUGCUUGUUAGUCAAAUUACGUGCUAACCGUAAACGAUUUAGCAACAAGAAUGAAUCAAUUUAUGGACAGAGAAAAAGUUCUUUGGAAAAAAAUCGUCGAGAAAUGCGAACUACAGUAACGGCCAUUUUAAUUUGUGCAAGUUUUUUUCUUGGUUGGGCACCAGCAGCAAUAUUAUUUGCGUUAACUUGUGAGGAUUGUGGAGUUCUUUUGGACAGAAAAAGUUUUCGGGCAAUAUUUUUACUUUCUUGUCUUCAAUUGGCUUUUAUAUUGUUAAAAUCUUUUUUAAAUCCGUUAAUUUAUUCUUUGAGAGUGCCCGAUGUUGAUACACAAGUACGUCUUUUUAGACGGAAAUUACAAAAUUCUUUUGGUGGAACUUUUAUAAGAUUAAGAAAUCCUCCAACAGUAGAACUUUAA